AUGGAAAGACCUCUGCUGUCCUUCACUCUCCUCUCUCCCUUACUGCUGGGCUUGAUGAGCCUCGGCAGGAUGAGCUGGGCAUGGACUGCUCCUGAUUGCACCAUAGCAGACAGCUCCCUAUUGCCUAACAUUUCCUACUACAUCCCAUUCUGUUCCUUGGCCCCGGGACUGCACCUUUUUGCAUCAUGCUCCAAUGUUAAAGACCUGGCUCAGACCCUAACAGCAGUGCCCCGAGAUAUAGAGGCCCUUUGCCUCCAGGGCACAGUUCCUUUCCUGCCAGCUGAUGCCUUUGGACACUUCACCACACUACAACUUCUGAGGCUGCAGCUGGGCACCAUCAGCAUUACAUCUGGGACAUUUCAAGGACUGAAUCAGCUGCAGCACCUUUCCUUUGAGCAUCACGCUCCCUGUUGCCUGAGCCUGUUCCUCCCUCCAGAUGCUCUGGAGCACCUCAGACUCCUCAACACCCUUUCCUUCCAUGGCUACUGCCUGAAUUAUAGCCAGAACAUCCAGUUGCCCAUCAGCCUUAGGCAUCUAACCGUGAGGCACAGCUGUCUGAUAGAAUUACGGGAACUGCAAGGGCUCUUCCCAAACCUUGUCCCUGGUUCCUCUCCGACAACCAGCCCCAGCCCAUGGACCUCCUUCCUGGAGGAGCUGGACCUGUCUGCCAACCUACAGCUGAGCCAGGUGGGCAAUAGAGCUCUGGAUGGCCUCCAGCUCCGUUCCCUGAGAUUGGAUGGCACCCCACUAAGCGCAUUAGACCUCCUAGGCUCAGGACUGCUCCACUUGGACUCCCUCUCCCUUGAGGGAACAAGAACAGAAAGACUGCCUGGGAAUGUGACACGCUACUUUGAGCUUCGUGCUCUUGACCUUGGAAGGAACCAAAUCCAGAACCUAGAGGAUGAGGAUCUCCUAAGCUGCCAGUCCCUGGAAUUCCUCAGCCUUCAUGCCAAUGGCCUGCAGUUACUUCCAUCCAGGUUCCUGAAUGACCUGCCCCAGCUUCAGAGGCUCAAUCUGUCAAUGAAUAAACUGGGCCCAACUUUGGUGCUCCCAGAAGGGCUGGUCAGCUCAAAUCUGAGAGUGUUAGAUCUGUCCCACAAUGAGCUCUGUGUUCUGCCCUAUAGGGCCUUCUCCUCUCUUCCUCAACUCCAGGAGCUCCGGCUGAGUGGUAACAACAUUUCCAACUUAUCCAGUGAAAGCCUGGAGGGACUGAGGUGGCUGAAGACUCUAGACCUGAGUUGGAACCAAAUUAAAACGCUGAAGCCAGGCUGGCUCUCCUCUCUUCCUGCUCUCACCUCACUGAACCUCCUGGGCACCCACUUGGAGCAUAUCUCAGGCAAGCAGCUCCAGGGUCCCCAGAAGCUGAGCCACCUGCAGCUGGGUUCUCUUGAGAUGCUGGAGAUCUAUCCUCCCUGGCCUCCAGCACUGCUCAGCUUGGAGGUACGGGCAGAUGUUUACAUCCAGUUUGGAGUCCCCAGUGGAGAACCCUUCUUGUUCUUGGAGAACCUUACCUUACAAACUUCCAAUAUGUUGCUGCAAUUGGACAACAACACAAUCCACUUCCCUUCCCUACGUCACCUCACUCUGCGAGGCUGCAGCCCCUAUAUUUUGUCUGGCCAUCAAUCCCACAGAUUCUUCCCACAGCUCCCUCUCCUGGAGCACUUGCACUUCUGGUCUGAUCAUGAGGGUGCAGACGAUCUGCAUCUAUUUGGGAUGCCCAGCCUGCGAGUGCUGGAGCUGGGGGACUUGGAUUUCCUCUGUCAGCCAACAUCAGUGAAGUUGGAGAAGCUACUGAAGGAGCUGCCUCAGUUACAGGUUCUGGCAUUGAGCAACCUGAACCUUGGGAACCUCUCUGCCUCCAGCUUCAGGGGCUUGGGGCCCCUUCGGCUGCUGCUGCUCAAUUCUGAAUGGGCUCUGGGGCUGGACAGCAGCCUCCAGGAACUAAUUCCCCAGAUGCCUCAAUAUGUUUAUUUCUCAGAUAUCACCUUCACUUGCCAGUGUGAAAGCUCUUGGGUGGGGCCUUGGGCAACACAAGCCCCAAACACUUUUGUGUAUGGACUGGAGAAAUCCAUGUGCAUGGCCAACGCCUCUGACUACUCCAAGACGCCAUUGCUCUCCUUCCUUUCUGGUCACUGCUCACAUGAUCCUGAGUUUCAGAGCUUUCUAACCAGCUUCACUCUGGUGUUCCUGCUGAUCUUCCUUUCAUUGCUUGGCUGUCCCAAAUGGCCCUGGCUUCAUUACCUCCAGACCCUAUUUCAUGCCUGGUGGUGGAAAUUGGGCGGGUGGCGGCCCAGAAACCAAUUCCACUAUGAUGUCUUUAUAUCCUAUUGUGAGCAGGACCGAGCCUGGGUGCUGAAAGAACUGGUUCCUGCUCUAGAGAAGCCUCUUCCAGUUGGUGAGGGUUUGAGGCUAUGCCUGCCUGAGAGGGACUUUGGGGUUGGGCAGGACAGGAUGGAUGCUAUGGUUGCCAGCAUGGAAAGCAGCAGAGCCACCCUCUGUGUGCUCAGCUGCCAGGCCCUGGGAAGUCCCUGGUGCAAUCUGGAGUUAAGGCUUGCCACCUACCACUUGAUGGCCAAGCCUGGGACUGCUCGCCUCCUGCUGCUGUUUCUGGAACCUAUUGAUCCGCGGCAGCUUCACAGCUAUCACCGCCUUGCCCGGUGGCUGCAGAAGGAGGACUACUUCGAUGUAUCCCAAGGAAGGAUUGAGUGGGAUGCCUUCUCUGAGAAACUCCGGAAAAGGUUAAGGAAAGCUGGGCAAGAGAGAGAGGAUUAGGAGUUGUGGAAGAGAGAUUCAGACAUGCAGGAAUAACUCCCAGCAUGGCCCUGGAUGCCAUCCCAUCACUGGAAGACAGGCUCAGAAAGGCAGUCUGUAGGCAAUGCUUAGCUCAAGUCCGCUUUCCACACUAAAAAUGAUAGAUGCAGACAACAAAUCUCAAUGGGGUAACAUAUUAGAAAGCACUUGGA